GACACCACCUUACCAAAGCCUUUAAAGGGUUGUUCUUCUUUACUUAUUUUUAAAAAUUUUGAAUCUAAGAUGAACAGAAGAACGUUCCUCGUUAUGUGUGUGACCAUUACAAAAUAAAGCUUAGUUUCAAUUUCAUAUGGUAGAUAUACAUUAUUCUUCCAACGGUCGAAAAAGAUCAUCAAUGGUGUCUGGUAAGGUCCGUGUGACCAUGGGUUUUAACAAAUCUCCUACAAGCAAACCAAAAGACAUGACCACUCCUCCUCCACUCCCUCUUCCCCCUCAGCCUCCUCCACAGCUCAAACCGCCUUCCGGUUCUGCUACGAAACCGUCGUCUAAUCAGAAACCAGGUUUCACUCGCUCCUUCGGCGUUUACUUCCCACGCGCUUCAGCUCAAGUACACAACGAUCAAAACGCCGCCGUCGUCUCAGACCUUCGUCGUCAAGUGGAGACGCUUCGCGAGAGAGAAGCUCUGUUAAGGACAGAGGUUCUCCAGCUCAAGCUACUCAGAGAAUCAUCCGUCUCGGUUAUCCCGUCGCUCGAGGCCCAGGUCGCGGAGAAGGAGGGCGAAAUCGAGGAGUCGAGGAAAGAGACGGCGAGGUUAACGGAGGAGAACGAGAGGUUACGGCGAGAGAUCGAGAGGAGCGAGGAGGUGAGGAGAGAGAGCGAGAGGAGAGAGAAGGAGAUGGAGGCGGAGACGGUUGAGCUACGGAAACUCGUUUCGUCGUUGAGGGAGAGUGAGGAACACGCGCUCUCGGUCUCUCAGAGGUUUCAAGGUUUAAUGGACGUGUCGGCGAAAUCGAGUCUGAUCCGGAGUUUAAAACGGGUCGGGUCGAUGAGAAACAUACCCGACCCGGUUCCGAACCAAGAGGACGCCAACAAGACCGUUACACCCGGCGACAUUAACGGAAAAGAGGAGAUCGAGGAACUCCACGUGUCAUCACUCUCAACCGUUAGAUCUAGGGUUCCUAGAGUCCCUAAACCACCGCCUCAACGGUCAUUUUCAUCCGUCGAUUCCACGGAGAACAGAGCUGAUCCUCUACCGCGGAGAACGAACGUACCUCCUCCACCACCACCUCCGCGACCACCGCCACAUCUUCCGUCCGUUUCCAAAGCCCCGCCUCCACCACCGCCACCGCCGAAGAGUUUAAACAUAGCGUCGGCGAAAGUAAGAAAAGUACCGGAAGUUGUCGAGUUUUACCACUCGUUGAUGAGAAGAGACUCCACAAACUCGAGAAGAGAUUCGACCGGCGGUGGAAACGCCGCCGCGGAGGCAGUACUUGCUAGCUCCAACGCUAGAGACAUGAUCGGAGAAAUCGAAAACCGAUCGGGUUAUCUACUCGCGAUAAAAACGGACGUAGAGACGCAAGGAGACUUCAUAAAGUUCUUAAUCAAGGAAGUAGAAAACGCAGCGUUUUCAAACAUCGAGGACGUGGUGCCUUUCGUGAAAUGGCUCGACGACGAACUCUCUUACCUUGUUGAUGAGAGAGCAGUGUUGAAACACUUCGAAUGGCCGGAGCAAAAAGCCGAUGCUUUACGUGAAGCAGCGUUUUGUUACUUCGAUUUGAAGAAACUCAUAUCGGAAGCUUCUCGUUUCCGUGAAGACCCUCGUCAACCUUCUUACUCUGCUCUCAAGAAAAUGCAAGCUCUGUUCGAAAAGUUAGAGCAUGGGGUUUAUAGUCUGUCGAGGAUGAAGGAAUCAUCGGCGACAAAGUUCAAGACUUUCCAGAUUCCGGUUGAUUGGAUGCUCGAAACUGGCGUUACUAGUCAGAUUAAACUGGCGUCUGUGAAACUAGCGAUGAAGUAUAUGAAGAGAGUAUCUGCAGAGCUCGAAGCCAUUGGAGGCGGUGGCCCUGAAGAGGAAGAGCUUAUAGUUCAAGGCGUCAAAUUCGCAUUCCGUGUUCAUCAGUUUGCAGGAGGAUUUGAUGCAGAGACAAUGAGGGCGUUUCAAGAGCUAAGAGAUAAAGCGAGAUCAUGUCAUAUUCAAUGUCAAAGCCAAACACAUCAACAUAAGCUCAUGUUGAAGCAAUCUUAG